UUCAACUUUACGUAGAUGAGUUUUUUGGGGGAGUGUAAUUUGGUUUGCGCCAUUCACAAAAGGAUCACAUUCGGAAGGGAAAAGUGUUUUGGUUUUUUUGUUGUUUUUUUUGCAAAGCAUGUGGAGCCAUAUGGACCUAAAGCACCGUUUUACGAAACAUCCACAAAUGGAGCAAAUGCUCUGCAUGCGCAAAAUCAGCUUGUUGUCCUGGAAAGUCUGUAAUUUAAGGGCAAAAGCGAGUUCCUGGUGCAAGAUAAGUGAAGCCAAUCACUGAAGAAAAAAAAAGAAAUGCAUAGAGAGCGAGUUUGUGCCCUGCCGUGUCUUAGUUUUAACUCAUUAGCUCUUAACAAAGGGAGCACACACUCUGCGUAAACGCAGCAUCCCCACAGAAAAUCUUCAGUAUCUUAGUGGUGAUUUCCAGAGGCGAUUUAAUAAUGAAAACCAAACAGAAUAGUCCUGACAUUACUCUUUAUUACAACAUACAAACAAAAAUUAAGUUUAUUAGCCUCAUAAGACUGAAACUGAUCAGAAAACUUCCCCAAAACCACAUUAAAGCACAUUUGUUAGUGUUGCAUUAACAUUUUGUAAAGCAGGACAGCUUCUAUACCUGCACAUGAUGCUCUAAGGUGGUCUAGAGGACACAGAGUUGCGGUUGAUAGUAACCCCCUCCCUAACCACCACCUCCACCACCUCCUCCUUCAUGCUUCAUGAGCUUUAUUGAGGAUGACCCACUGCAACACUGACCUCCGACCCUCCACACUACAGAAUCAACUCUGAUACUAACAAAGUGACCAUUUACAGUCAUGCAGAAAGACAAUCUGCACUCACACAGUAUUCCAACCCCCCCAGUUACCACCGUCUUACUUCCACCUCCCCACCACCACCACCACCACUACUACUACCAACACCACGACAAGCAAGCACAUGCGCAACUGUGGACAUUUAGGUCUUUGUGCGCAAAAUACAAGCCGUGUGUCAUGUAGAUUUAGAGAGAAGCAGAGAUAAAGUGAUGCCUCCAAUCCAGCAUGAUGCCAAAAAUGAUGCUGAGGAGAAGAUGAGGGGGAGAGGAGGUGGGGGGCAACUAACCUACCUAUUAUACAUCACUAGUACUUUAAGUUAACUAGUGGAUGCUGCGUGUUAUUUUGAAGCCAUUUAUUAUAAAAUCAGUGCUUUCUGUGGCCCCCUCUCUUCAAACAGGAAUUGAAAUCAAAUCAUAACAGCUUCCUGAGCUAUUAUCAGGUCACAGCAGCCCUACUACAACGUGCAGCGUGUAGCCACACUGACCUACAUGUCUGAACAGCAAUAAAUGGGAAGCCAAAGGCAGUGCCAUUUUCAAUGACACUGCACCCAGUGCAGGAAUACAACGUCGUUGCUCUCCAUCCGGCCAUAUUUGAUUUCCAGCUGUUUUCGCAGAAGCCUCUCCGAGCCAGACAACCCCCCUAAGAUGUAUUAAAGUGCGCUGUCUGCAUUCAGAGAUAUAAUCCAGAGACUAUACCACUCCGCUCUCCAUUCUCGACCACGUGAUUGUCUAAAUAAUUAAUGCAGCACGUCCCCCUAGAAACACGGCGUCGUCAUUAAUCGCAAGGACUCUAUCAGACUUGAAAACUGAAGAGAUCCCCCAAGAAAAUAAUAUCCGAUACGCGGCGCAACUGUAGUCCCGCAUUUUAGCGACACAUCUGAACCGAUGGAUGCUUGGGUCGAGAUGGAAGCAGCGAUGAAUGCGUGAGGGACAUAAAACAGAUCUGCGCACAUUUCGGUCACAGACUGGAGCAACGGUGGGAAACACCAAUCACGUGAAUAAACAACACCCAUGCCAUUGGAUAGAGUUGCACUGGCUUAUUGGCUUUAAACCCACAAAAUGCAGAAAGCAACAUACUACGAUAACUCUGGGCUUUUUGGAGGCUACACUUACCCCAAACCAGACUCUUACAACUACGGCCCUGCGCACCAGUCCUACCCUACUUCUAACAUCGAGAGUGACUUCCAGGGCUCAGUGUGUCCCAUCCAGACCUCCACAGUCCGGCCACCGGCCCUCAAAGACAAUGACCUGAACGGGGACUGCAUGCGACAAAGCGGCAGCAGUCAGAGCAACAGCAGCAGCCAGGCGACUAGUAUUUCGGAGCAGCAGGCGCCUCCACUGUCCGCAUCCUCCCCGAGCUCCAACAGCUCUGCGUCCCAGAAGAAGAAAUCUCCAUCCAGCGGCGGCUCUAGCGCUGCCACGCCAGCCCUCACCAAGCAGAUCUUCCCCUGGAUGAAGGAGACCAGGCAGAACUCCAAGCAGAAGAGCAACAACUGUGCCACUGCAGGUAGAGAUCGCGGAGGUGAAGGUGGCGAGGUGAGUGACGAGAAGAGCCCGCCAGGACCGGCCUCCAAACGGGUCAGAACUGCUUACACCAGCGCGCAACUCGUGGAGCUGGAGAAGGAGUUUCACUUUAACCGCUACCUGUGUCGCCCUCGGAGGGUGGAAAUGGCAAAUCUGUUGAAUCUGACCGAGCGCCAAAUAAAGAUCUGGUUUCAGAACCGCAGGAUGAAAUACAAAAAGGACCAGAAGUCUAAAGGGCUGGCGCACUCUCCCCUGGGACAUUCCCCGGACAGGAGCCCUCCGCUGAGUGGCCCAAAUCACAUUGGAUACUCUGGCCAGCUCCAGAACGUGAGCAGCCUCAGCUAUGACGCGCCCUCGCCCCCGUCCUUCGCCAAACCCCAGCAAAACAUGUACGGUUUGGCCGCGUACACUGCGCCCUUGGGCGGCUGCAUCCCGCAACAGAAGAGGUACCCGGGAUCCGAGUACGAACACCACGGCAUGCAGAGCACCGGCAGCUUUGCCAGCGCCAAUUUGCAAGGCAGCCCCGUUUACGUGGGUGGGAAUUUUGUUGAUUCCAUGCCAGCCUCGGGCCCCAUGUUCAACCUCGGCCAUCUUCCCCACCCCUCAUCCACCAGCGUGGACUACAGCUGUGCCGCUCAGAUCCCAGGAAACCACCACCAUGGACCCUGCGAUCCCCAUCCCACAUACACAGACCUCACCUCUCACCAAGCGUCUCAGGGAAGGAUUCAGGAAGCGCCUAAACUGACGCAUUUGUAAUAUGUGGUUUCGUGAGUGCGUGUGCGUGCGUGUGCGUGUAUGUGUGUGUGUGUGUGUGUGCCAAAAUUACGUUGCGCUCUUUUUUUAUUACCUCACUAGUCUAAUAACUACACUCCAAGCGAGUCAUGUGUAUUAUUACAGUAUUAUUGAUAUUACUAUUAAUGCUAUUGUGUAAUUAUUUUCUAAAUGAUACAGCUUUGUCCAUUUCUCUUGAAUAUUUGGGGAUGCGCAGAGGCACACUAGCCUGGUUGUCAGUAGUUCUUUUCUUUUGUUUCUUCUCAAGUGCAAUGCGCAAAAAAUUCUCUUGACUGAAUAUUUCAUGCGGUUACUUGAAGGUAAGUCUUGUAGUUCACGAAAGUAGAAGCUCAUCCUUAGCGAGAAGGAUUUUUAGGGGGGAAAUUUUUCUGUCUGUUUGUUAGGAUCUCAUUUUCCUCACGGGCAUCCUAUUUAUUUAUUACUAUGAUUUGCAUAAUCUUUCGUACUAGCAUAUUAGCCUAUUUAUUAUUUAAUUACUUUUUGUAUUGCACAUUAUUUAUCGUUUAUAUGCGAGUAUUUAUAAGUCAGUGUGGAGAUUGUUGUAAGAUUGGACAGAUCAGUGCACUUGGAAAGUGUUGGCAAAACAGGGUUUUUGGAAAAUGCUAUGACUCGCAGUGUAUUGUUGGAAAAAGAGCAUUUCUAAUUGUAAAUCUGGGAUAAAUGGGGCAUUUUAUAGUGUAUAAACACCACUAUAUGUAUGUCCAUGGUUAAUCUUGUGUCAAACCUUAAGCAAAACGUAGACUAUCGAAGUAUCAAAAUAUUAUACACACCAGCAUGUCAUUUUGUGUAGUCCAUUGCUAUUUUUUAUUUGUCUUCCAUUGUUAUUCCAUUCAGUUGGAUAUCCAUAAAUUUAUGAAACCCUAAUGAUAUUGAAAUGUUAUAUUUUAUUGUGUUUAACAUUUUGUAAAUAAAGUGCUUAAACUUG